GUCCAUGAAUUUAAAUUCAAGUUAAACUCGUGUAAACUAGUUACCUGUUUCUGUGAUUACCUGUUUUCACAUUAUGCAUUUAUUUAAUUAAGCUAAUGGCCAGUUAUGUCAAGGUAAUCCACAGGUUGUUGUUGAAAAGCUGAACAACAAUGUUAGCUAAAUCUGGUCUUGUUGCCGUUGUCGCUGCCUCUUUUAUCCACCACUACUGCUUACUGAAUUAUCGUUGAGGUAAAACAUGAAAUUAAUUUAAGCGACCAUACACUUUAAUGAAAGUGUUGAGCUCUGAAGUUUCCCUAUUGGACAGAGGAGCUCGCUCAGUCGUACGUCCGACCAUUUAUGCAAAUCCGCUCUACCCGAAUAUGGACACGGAGGAGUGAAAUAUGGUGGAGGAGGCGAACAUGGAGGACCGAGGACCGUGAGAGCGCUGCGGUAGUGUUUUUUGGGGGGUUGUAAGAAGAAACGUGGAUGUACCCUCAGCAGGACUAUUUCAACGGACAACCUCGGUGGAAAGUUUUUCAUUUGCGUCUCCAUUCUUUGCGCCGACAAGUGCGUCGAGGUAGAGUUUGUUGUAAUGCAGUGAAGACCGACUUUUUCGGGGGGAUAAAAAGCAGGGCAGAGGGCUCCAGCCCUCUCACCAUCCCGACGCUAUGCCGUGGGUCAGCGGCGGUAAGCGGAGAGAGAGCUCGGAGCUGCCGCUGCCCGCGGGCUGGGAGGAAGCCCGGGAUUACGAUGGCAGAGUGUUUUAUAUCGACCACAACACCCGGCAAACUUCAUGGAUUGACCCCAGAGAUAGGAUCACUAAACCGCUGACGUUUGCCGACUGUGUUGGAGAUGAACUGCCUCUCGGGUGGGAGGAAGUUUAUGACCAGCAAGUGGGAGUUUACUACAUCGACCACAUCAACAAGACCACCCAGAUUGAGAACCCGCGGACUCAAUGGCGGCAGGAGCAGGAGCGCAUGCUGAAGGAGUACCUUGUGGUGGCCCAGGAGGCCCUCAAAGCCAAGAAGGAGAUGUACCUGGUCAAGCAGCAGCGUCUGGAGCUGGCUCAGCAGGAAAUGUUGCUCUUCCACGAGCUCUCUGAGGACAACCGCUCCAUCGCCAGCACGCUCUCCGGCUCGUCCUCAAACGCGAAAUACGACCCUGACCAAAUAAAAGUGGAAAUAGCUUGUAGACGAGAGCGGCUCUCCAGACUGAAGCAGGAGCUGGCCCAGGUGAAGCAGGAGCUGCAGUAUAAGGAAAUGGGAGUGGAGACCCUGCAAGAGAUUGACAGGAAGAUGUCCUGCAGUCAGACAAACUACAAGCUGGAUGAGGCUCAAGCCAUCUUCAACGAGCUGCGUAGCAUCAAGAAGGCCAUCAGCACAGGCGAGAAGGAGAGGCAGGACCUCAUUCAGAGCCUGGCGAAGCUGACGGUGAACUUCCAAAGCAGCUUGUCUGUCAGCGACUCGGCCAACGAGAUGGCGAACAGCACUGGAAACGUGGGUGACUCGUGCAGUCUGCAGCAGUACUGUGACACUGGCUGUCAGACUGACAUCAUGGGAGAGUAUGGUUCCCAAGAUUCCUCGCAUUUAGUGGACAAAGUGAAAGUCAACUGGCAGUACGAGGAAGCCAAGAAAAAGGUGCAGAGUAUACAGCACCAGCUAGCACAGCUGGACAGUGAGAGCUGGUCGGGGCGGGCCGAGGCGGACCGCGACCGGGACUUCAUGCAGCUCCUGCGCGAGAAGGAGGCCCUCCUGCAGGAGAUCAUCCUGGUCAGCAAGCAGCAGCACCCUCCAGAGACGCUGCUGCAGCUGGAGGAGGAGCGCUCCAGGCUGGAGGAGGAGGUGCAGAGGGCCCACAGCUCCCAGAGCCAGGGAGCCAAUCAGAGGAUCCUGCAGCAGGAGAAGAGGAACGUUCUGCUGAGACAGCUGGAGGAGGCAACACGCAUCACCACCUACCUUCACUCCCAGCUGAAGAGCCUGUCGGCCAGCUCUCUGACGGUGUCGUCCAGCAGCAGCCGCGGCUCUCUAGCCUCCAGUCGGGGCUCCCUGGCGUCCAGCCGAGGCUCCCUCAGCUCCAUCAGUUUCAGUGACAUCUACGGCCACCCCCAGUACGAGCGUCUCGACGGGGCCGGGGAGCCGCUCGACCCCCACCUACGCUUCCUGCUGCCGCCAGAGACCGUGUCCAGAGACUGCUCCAUGUUCACUCCCGACCCCCUGAACCAGAGCAAAACCAAACGCUCCCACGACACCCCGCAGUCCCUGGCUUCCCUCUCCUCCCGCUCCUCCCUCUCCUCCCUGUCGCCGCCCAGCUCUCCCAUGGACACACCCUACCACUCUGCCCCUCAGGACUGCCCUCUCACCCAGAUGACGGAGGAAUACAUGGAGCAGGCAGGCCGCGGCCUGUUAGAGGGGCUGCGGGCCCAGUCGCAACCCCUGUCGCACACCGCCAUGUUGAGCAGCGAGGACGCGGUCGGCCCUGCUGCGAGUCACAGAGACAGCGGGGCCCAGGGGGCUUUCACCUCCACAGGAGUGACUCUGAGGGGAAACAGUGGCAACAGAAGUGGCAGGAGGGCCAGGAGAGUCUCUGCAGGUGUCUCUGAGGAUGCUCUGGCCACAGACAGCGGUGUGUUCGAGGCCUGGGGCAGAAGGGCAGAGGAGUCUGAUGAGAUGUCAUACAUGAAAGAGCUGAGCUCUGUGAGCGAAACCACCCAGAUCCAACUGGGAUUGCUGUGGGAGUCCAGUUCUCAGUCUCUCCGGCUACAUCUGCUACAGCUCAAGAAUUUGAACCGGUCCAUUGUGAGAGACGGCUAUAAAGUGUAUGUGAAGGUGCACUUGAUCCCACUGGAUGCCGGCCGGGCCUGUGCGUUUUACUGUUGUACGGCGUUGGAGCCGCAGUCCCAGAUGAGUUUCAACGAAGGCUUCCGCAUUCCUGUGCCUGCAAACGCCCUGGCGGUGUGUGCUCUGCAGCUGUCCGUCUGCUCGCUGGGACCUCAGGCUCAGGAGGAACUACUGGGUACAGCCCAGGUGAGCCUGGCAGAUUGUGAGGGAAGUGCAGAGAUGGUUUACCACUGGCUGAGAGUGCAGAUGUUGAGCGGGACUGAGUUGCCCAGGCCUGAACAGAAGAGCCUCAGCCACCGCAGACACCACGACAGCCAGGAAGACGAGCAAAGGCCCAGAGCCAUGGACACUAUAUGCACUCUGCUGUCGCGCACCACCACCACCCAUCUGGAGGAGCGGGAGGCAGAGCUGGAGCUGCAGAGGCUGGAGAAGCAGGAUGAGCCGGGGGAGGCGGCGUCUGAGAGGAGUCGGCAGGCAGAGUCAGUGGACAGCGGCUGCAGCAACAGCACAGCCUUCACAGCUCCCUACUCAGAGGGCCUGUGUGCAGAGGGCAUCUGCAUCAUCACUGGGGGGCGCUGUGAUCAGACAACCGGCAGACUCUCUGCAGUAAAGGUGGAGAAGGCCACCAUGACAGAAGGCCUGUUCCCAGAGCCGGUGCGAGUCCGGCCCAAAGAGAGGGGGGGUCGCUGGGGUCACGCCUCGCCAUUCAUGCGUGGCAGCACCAUCGUUCGCUCUCAGACCUUCUCUCCUGGCGCUCGCAGUCAGUAUGUCUGCAGGUUAUAUCGCAGCGACAGUGACAGCUCAACUCUACCAAAGAAAUCACCCUUUGUCAGGAACACGCUGGAAAGAAGAACGCUGCGAUAUAAGCAGCAGUCGUACCGCUCCUCCCUGGCCGAGCAGCCGACACGUACCUCCCUGGACCUGGAGCUGGACCUCCAGGCCUGCAGGACGCGUCAGAGGCAGCUGACGGAGGAGCUGAGCGCCCUGAGGGAGCUGAAGCUGCGACUGGAGGAGCCGCAAGCCAGGGAGGACACCGAGCUCCCCCAUUGGGCCCUGAGGGACGAGCGCUUCCGCUGCCUUCUCAGAGAGGCCCAGAGACAGGCCAGCCAAAGCAAGCAGGAGCAGCGUCAGGAGGAGGCGGCAGAGAGGAGGCUGAGGAAGGCUUCCAAAGAGGUUCUGCAGAUGAGGGGGCAGAGCCAUAAGGAGCCUCUGCCUGUGCAGACAUUCAGAGAGAAGAUGGCUUUUUUCACUAGACCAAGGUUCAACAUACCUCCUUUGCCAGCUGACGAUGUAUGAGAGCUUGCCUCUGUGUUCUGUGACUAAACAUGAAGUAUUUGUCAAAUUUUCUGAGCUCAUGAAGUUAUUUCUACCACGGACGCGGGCAGGGUGACACGCAAAUGAUGUUGAAGAUUAGAAGGUUUCGCAUUUUCAGAAGUGUUUGUGCGGCUAUUAUAAACAUGAACACACUUGACACAGUUAUCGACAACGGCAAGGCUGUUCAUUUCCUUUCUGGGGAAGACGCCUCUCAUAAGGAAACUAUCUCUUUACUCCUGUAUGAGUUUCUUCUGUGGUUUGUGCUUAAAAAAGGCUGGAAGACGGGAACAAAAGUCAGUUUGGACAAAUUCACUGUACUGUAACUUAUUUUAUAGUACUUUUCCUUGAAGGAAAUUAAUAAAAACGCUUCCUGCUUUUUAAGUGUAUUUUGUAGCUUUGAACAAAUAGCACUUCAAUGUUUUUACAUACAGUUAAAUGGAACUAUUUUCUGAUUUUGUUUUCUGUUACCUAAUUCUUAAAAGUUAUUUACAUCAAAUGUCACUUUGUAAUCCACUUUUAUUACAGAUGUCAUUGUCCUUUUGUUAUGUUAUUAAAAUUAUUAUUUCAUGUACUUUUCAAUAUAUGGAUGAAUAUAUGAAACACUGUAUUCAGAUUUUUUUUAUGAUGUCUGUAUGAACAUCUGCAGUGUUACCUCUUGUGAAGAUAAAUCCAUUAAACCACGUCUUGACGCUCGG